AACAAAACCAAAGGGCAGUUUGUUCCCUCGCUUUCCCACCUCGCGUGAGCUCCGUGCCGGGCUCCGUGCUUCCGUGCUGAGUGAGUGCAUAUAUUCUCCACCUUCUCCACCUUCUCUACUCUAGAGUAGAGUAGGUACGGUAUCUCGCCGCGAACUUCCCAUCAGACGCCGGCCGGACUGCCCUCUGCCAAGGAAAAAAAAGAUGAAAAGAACCCGGCGCGAUCCAUCGACUGCGGGCGCGGGCGCGGGUGCAGUGGCGGAGGCGAAGGGCUCGCGCUCCGAGUCAGGAAUCAGGAAUCAAAAUCAGGUGAAGGGCACGGAAUCAGGAAUCAGGCACCGUGUGGCGCCACUGGCCCACUGGUCAGAGUACUCUAGAACACUCCACCUCCAGCGCCACAAUUGCCACAAUUGCCAUAGUAUCACCACCCGGGAACGACAAUCGGGAACAACAAGGGAACGACAAGGAACGCCUAAGAACGACGAUGUCUCCUUCCCUCCUCCAUCGCGGCUGCAUACACUGCAUACACUGCAUACACUGCAUACACUGCAUACACUGCAUACACUGCAUAUCAUACAUAUCAUACUGCAUGGAGCACACAUCAUAUGUAUAUCUAUACCAGUAUGUAUGUGUUUGCCAUUUUGCCAUCUAUUUGCCCUCUAUAUAUGUGUUUAUUUAGUUUCAAUCCGGCACUCCUCGUUCCGCUAAUCCUCGUUCCUCGUUCCGCUACUGGGGGGCAGGGUGGGGAUGAGGGACUGGGAUCGCACGAGGAAGAGGAAGAAGAAGGAAGGAAGGAAGAAGACGUCGUCGUCGUCGUUUUCGGCCGGCCAAGAGCAAGAGUGCUCACUGAGUAGGUGAGUACACUGCUUAUGCUGUAUGGGUUGUGGGUUGUGGGUUGUGGG